GCGCUAGUGCUUGCAAGAGAUUCAACAUUCUAAAACUUAAAUAAUAAUAAAGAUGAAGUUCUCCCGAGUGUUUCUGUUCGUGUUCGCGUGCCUGGUCGCGCUGAGCGCCGUCAGCGCCGCGCCGGAACCCAGGUGGAAGGUCUUCAAGAAGAUUGAAAAAGUUGGCCGUAACGUACGAGACGGUAUCAUCAAGGCUGGUCCAGCUAUUGGUGUUCUUGGACAAGCCAAGGCUCUUGGAUAAGCUGGUCUUCAAACACAUCAUUAUCCUCAUUUUAGUCGACUUGUUCUCGAAUAAGUUGGCACACCAUGUUGUUUCCAUCAGACUUGUAUAAAACGCAUCGUUUUAUAUUUAAUUUAUUAAUUUUAAGAUUUUUUCUAUGUAAAUACUAGGAUAGUUAUUGCACUCACAAAUGUAUUUCUUAUAUUUUUGUAUCUUAUAAAUGUUACAGUGUACAUAACUGUUGGCUAGCCUUAGAAAAAGAUGUGCUGUUAAAAUAAAUUAUUGCUAUAAUU